CACCAGCUGAUCAUGACCAUAUGGUAACUUUUGUUCCUGCCCGUGUGUUGCACAUCUAAUUUAUAAGCACAAAGUCAGUGAUUGAACUCUAGAAUAUGGAUAGUGCUGAUGAUAUCGAUCAACCCUUAAACUCGAAGUCAGCCAACAUUUCGGAAAGCACCAAGAAAGCAAGCUACCAGUCUUUUGCAAAGCAGUUGAGUAGACCAAAAAGGCAACAGGAAACGAACACCUGGCCAAGGCUCUGCCAGAGCUCAACAACUGACAGUUGUGGAGCAGACAAAUUUCUAAAAGAAGCCACGCCCACAUCGGAUUUGGUCACCGUUAUUGAUUGCAAAUAUCCUUCUGCAUCUGUACAGCAAGCUUAUCUCGAAAGAAAGAAACAGCUUUGGAGCUGGCGAGGGCGUCAGGCUAAGCGAGUAGAAAGAAGAAAAGAAAGACGCAGAAACACUGAUUCUAGUACACUCUCUCUGCACUCAUCAAGAACGAUAAGUGAAUUUGAGAUGUCACAUCUCUUGUCAGUCAACCAUCCUGAUCUCAGGAUACUGAAUGCUCAAUCGAGAAUCAAAGCUAACGAAGCCUUCUCAUCAGGAUAUGACUGCUUUAUGAGUUUUAAGCCACGACAAGGCAAACGGGCAAUUGUCCAAGAUCAAUCCUUUCAUGGUCAUCACACUGCAGCUGCCCACAAUACUCGGUUACUAGGAGCCUUAGAAACACAGGAACUGGUCACUGUAAAGUCAGUUCAACAGCAAAUAAGGACGGCUAGACAUAGUGCCAGACUGCCACAGCGUUGCUACUCUCCUGCACCUUGCACACCUCCAGCAUCAAGAGCUUCAACAGCAAUGCCAAUCUUGAAGAAUCAACGGCCUAGAUCUGUUCGGUCAACUGCUAGCCCAAUGACCAUCCACUUCCCAUCAAAGGAAUCAAAUUCAAUUUGAUGAGAAUCAGAGAACAAAGACAACAAAGAUUGAAGGUACCAUGGUGUAACAUAAAACAUGUCAAUCAUUAAAGUG